UGUGAACGAUAUCCGGCGAGCCAUUGUUGUGGGUCUGUAUUUAUUUCCGCUGACUUCGGUUCGUCGGUGUCGGUCGCGUUUUCGUUUUUAUUAGUUGGCUGUGGAAGUGUACUUCACGCCACGGUAGUAGCAUUAGCAUUAGCAUUAUGUCUCAGGCUCGGGUCACGGACUUCUUCUCCCAGAGGAAGAGAGUCACCGGCGGCCCAGUGAAAGCAGCGGCCAAGCCGCGCGGCGUCUCCAACACACGGACACGAUCCGCGAAGAGUCAAGACGCGUCUCUCUGCUCCGCCUCUGUACGCGAAGAGUUUGUCCGAGUUGUGGACGAGGCCGCGGGUAUAAACAAUGAAAAGUCCACCGCCGUCGGCAACACCGACGCUAGUCCUCCGUCCAGUCUCCGGACACCGAAGCGGACCUCGGCAGAGUUCGACCUCGGGUCCGCUGUAUUUUCAGCCACCGCCGAACACAGCACCGCCAAGAAGAGGCGACAGGCGGAGGCUGCGGCCGAAAACACUGCAGCUGUAGCGGAGAGACCGAAGAGGAGGACGGCGAGGAAGAAGCUGCAGCUGCCUCCACCUUCACCUUCACCGCAGCUGAACCAGGAUGCAGCUCAGCCCCUGACCCCUGAGGUGAGCCAGCAGCCCUCACAUCCUCCGGCUGCUGCAGUGCUGGAACACAAACCUGAGAACCACGGCGUCGCCAGCACCAAGACCACAGGACUGUCUAGCAAGGUUUUAUGUAAAGAGGACAUUUCAGCCCUGAAAUCUCGUCUACAGAGAAUUAAGAAACAUGCAGAGGAAACAACCAAGAUGGCUUCAGUUUCCACAUCCUCCUCCUCUCCCUCCUCUUCCUCCUCUCCUGCUGCUCCAGCGGCGAGUGACACUAACCCCCCUGUGCCCAAAACCACCACAAACCCUUCCUCUGAAGCCAAGGCCCUGAAACUCACUGUGGCACGAGCCAAACAGCUUGCAGCUAAAACUCAGAGGAGACAAGAGGAGAGAGAGGCUGAGGAGAGGAAGCAGAGUGAGCCUCAAACCCAGGACAGCGCUGAGCCGCCGGCGUACCAGCGGUACCACACCCUCGCUCAGGCGGUGCCUCCGGGUCUCUCACUGCCGUACCAGUAUAAAGUGCUGGCAGAAAUGUUCAGGAGCAUGGACACCGUGGUCGCCAUGCUGCACAACCGCUCUCAGACGACGACCUUUGCCAAAGUCAAACAGGGAGUUCAGGACAUGAUGCACAAGCGCUUUGAAGAGAACCACGUGGGUCAGAUAAAGACCGUGUUUCCGGAGGCGUACACGUUCAGACAGGAGAAGAACAUCCCAACAUUCAACAGCAGCAUUAAGAAAGCCAGCUACCAGCUCACAGUGGAGCCCAACAUCCUCUGUGACAAAAAAGAAGCCCGUCCUGUCUUGUCGGCAUCCCGUCUCCUAGAGAGAAGACACCUUUUCCACGAGAACCUGGUCCACAUUGUCAAACAGCAUCACAAGGAGUUCCUGUCCACGUUGGUCCCUCCGGUGUCUGUCCCUGAAGACAAACUGACCCGCUGGCAUCCUCGCUUUAAUGUGGACACGGUCCCGGUCAUCCAGGCCAGCACUCUACCUCAGCCUCCCCACACUGAGAAACUGUCCACAGCUCAGGAGGUGCUGGACAAGGCCCGCUCACUCAUCACACCAAAGAUGGCGAAAGCUCUGGUGUCUCUCACCAUGAAGUCCGAAGACAAAACUGCAGACACUAAAGAGACAGUGUCCUCACAGAACCCUGCAGUCCCUCACACCUCAGCUCCACCUGCUGCUGCUGCUCUGAAAGGAGUGUCUCAGUCCCUGCUGGACAGGAUUCGAGCAAAGGAGGCCCAGAAACUUCAAGCGGCCAUGACGCGGAACCCUUCCCAGGAGGAGCGCCUGCUGAUGAUGUCACGGCUUGGUGAGCUGGCAAGAAUUCUGCGCACAGUUUUUGUUGCAGAGAAGAAACCGGCUUUGAUCAUGGAAGUGGCCUGUAACAGGAUGAUUGCCAGCUACAGAUCUGCUCUCAGCACAGGUGAAAUGGAGAAACACCUCCGUCUGCUGGCAGACGUAGCUGCUGAUUGGCUGACCAUCCAUCCAAUCAGGAAGGACUUUUACCUGAAGGUGAACAAAAACAUGGAGCUGAGCGUUGUUAUGGACAAACUGAACAGACGACUGAGAGACGAGGAGAAACUCUGAGAGGCUCGGCUCUGCUGUUAGCUGCCUGUUAGCUGCACGUUAGCUGAGCGUUAGCUGCCUGUUAGCUGGACGUUAGCUGAGCGUUAGCUGGACGUUAGCUGGACGUUGAAGACAGUAUUUGACAGCAUAUUUUAGAGCCAUCUUUGUGAUUGACAUGUUCAGCACAGCAUUUUGUGACGUUUCUAUGCUUCAGUGAAGAUGGUCAGAGUACAGUAUGGCACAGUCAUGCUGGACUGAUGGGUGUAAUGUUCCUGUGUUGUAAACAGGAUGUUUUAACCACACUUUUCUUGUGCUUUUUCUUUUUUCUCUCUAUGAAAGUGUAAUAUUGUGCAUCCAGUCCAAAUCAGGAUUCUGUAAUGAAAAACUGAUUUGGUUUUAAGUUUGAUAAUGUUUGAGAAAUACAAGCUUUUGUUAUAGCA